GCACCUACAUAGCCGCUUGACAUAUGUACCCCACGUGUCACAGGCACCAAUGCUCCAAUGACUUUGCUUUUUGCUUUUAUCCACACUCUUCAUUAGUCUCCACGUUUUCUUGAUACCCGUGUGCUUUCUCUCACUCCUCACCAGAUAUAUCUUCAGUAUGAUCUCUGAUCCUUCUCCAGCCCAGCUAUCCAAUGCUCCCAUAACUACAUCCAAACUUUCGCCGCUCAGGAUCUUAUGCCUGGGCGAUUCUCUCACAGAAGGCUAUUCGCACUUCGGUACAAAGUUCACCCCGUAUAGCAAAUGGAUGAAAGAAGUCUUGGUGGCAAAAUGGCCUGAUAGAGCAAUUGAGGUUAUCACAGAUGGAGUCAGCGGAGAUCUAGUUACCCCGCCCGGAGGAUUCAAAAGAAGAAUGGAGAGGCAUUUCCCAUCUAACCCCCCAAUAACUCACACAAUUCUUCUCGGCGGUACCAACGAUCUAGCUUACAAUAGACCCGUCCAAACUCUCUACGCCGUUUUUGAAACACUCAUAUUUACACCCCUUAGCAACUCUUCAAAAGUUUUGAUUAUAACAAUUCCAGAAUGUCAUGUGAGAGCUAAGGUCUUAGACGAGAAGAGAGAGGAGUUAAAUAAUAUGUUGGUUUAUACUUUGGGGAGAAAGGAUAACGUUAGUACAUUUGAUCUCCGCGGCGCAAUGCCCUACCACAACAUGGAAUUGGAAAAACGAGAACGUCUCUGGGACGAUGGGUUGCAUUUCACAGAGGAAGGAUAUAAAGAGAUAGGAAUUAUGGUAGGAAAGAAAAUGAUUCAGGUUAUCGAGGAGGUGAAACCUGAGAAGGAGAUUUCAUUGUCUGGGAGAGGGACUAUGGGUAUUGAGUAGCGGAGAAAUUAUAUCAGCAUCAAGAAGGUAAUCAUGGAAGUUGGAGUCUAGGGAUCGUGAAAUGGUUGAUAUCUGAGGUAGAUAAAUGGAAAUGUGAAUUGGUUGUAACUUGGCUGCGACCAGGUGGUAAUUAGGCUCUUUACAAAUAACGAACAUGAGAAGAUAGUAUUC